UCCGUUGUUGCCACCGAACUGUCAUCCAACGCACUCAUCGAUGAUUUCGGCAGAAGCGUAACUGCACGGUUGUGGGAGGUGUUUUUAUGUUUUCCCGAAAGUUUCCGCGAUAGAAAACAACGGAUCGAUCGAUCGAUCAUUGUUCUGGAGCAGACGUAAACUCGCGGAUGCUCGUGUUACAUUGCCAAAGACGUAAAUAAGAAAGUGCGCAGCUGCCCGUUCAAUUAGACUUCUUUGUAUCGUGAGAGGUCAAGUAUUGGAUCGUGUGAUGCUUUUAUCAAUUAUAUCUCGACUCGUGCGAUCGUAUCGUCGCGUGCGAUUUAUAUCUAAAUAUUCAAAAACCUUUUCCAAAUUUGCCUCAUUCGUCAUUCUGUCGACUUCAGAUUGAAGGAUCAGAGGUUAAGACUGCAAAUACGGAUAGUGUUGCUUGUGUAUAUCAAAAUGCCGAUUUUGUACAGCGUGGUGGCCCGUGGAACGAUCAUAUUGGCGAAGCACGCGGCGUGCGUUGGAAAUUUCGAGGAGGUCACAGCAAAGAUCCUGGCAAAGAUACCACCAGACAAUGACAAGCUCACCUACUCGCAAGGGCCUUAUCUUUUCCAUUACAUCUGCGAGGACCGCCUUAUUUAUAUGUGCAUUACUGAUGAUGAUUUCCAAAGAUCCAGAGCGUUUUUAUAUCUCAAUGAAAUUAAGAGAAGAUUCUUGGCUGUUUAUGGGCCAGGCGCUCAGACUGCCGUAGCGUAUGCCAUGAACACCGAAUUUGCCCGCGUUCUAGCGAACGAGAUGAAGCAUUAUAGCGAAUCAAAAGAUCUGGACAGGUUGUCUCAGGUUCACGGCGAACUGGAUGAGUUAAAAGACAUUAUGGUAAAAAACAUUGAUAACAUAGCGAUGCGCGGCGAACGGUUAGAACUACUCGUAAACAAAACGGAAAACUUGUCUGCCAAUGAAAACGAGCAGAAAUCUGGCGCGCUCCCUGUUUUGGAAAAACGUCAAAAUUUACGUGAUCGUCGCCGCUAUCUUGAUUUUGAUGAUAUACGUGAUCGUGUCGAUUUCUUGCGGAGGUAUGGCAUGGCAAAACUGCGUCGGAAAAUAAAAAGGAACUGUAUACAUGAUGAAGAAUGCAACUGUCACGCAAUCUUUGAGUCAACCGUGGAGUAUGCGAAAAAGGCACGAAAAACUAGUAUGAGACUGACGAAGAUAGAGAGAUCCGAGGGAGAGCCACAUUGGAAAUAACAAGCAAAUCUAUUAUUAUUAUGUUUUAAUUUUGUUUAAUACGAUAAGGAUACUGUGCUAACGUAUGCAUACAAGUUUGAAAUAUUUAUCCAUAUAACGCUUAUAUUAUUUUCACCAAUGUCACAAGAAAUGUAAUAUAUAGUUGCAAUUUACAAUUCUGUGCAAACGAGACACAUAUAAAUAUAUAUUCACUUUUGUUUUAUAAAUCAGAAUCUGGAACACGUCACGUCUUAUUUUACGAAAAUAAAAAGAUUUUAUUAUUCGAA